GGUUGUUGCUCAAUUUCUUUCGGUCUUCCUACAUGAUCGACACACUUGCAGGGAGAAGAAGUGUAAGCUGCUGACUACCAGUUACUCUUUCUGGAUUUCCUUCUUUCUCUGCUGCUUAUCUCAGUUCUGUAAGUUUUUCCUCUUCACUUCUUUGUUAAUUGUAGUAGGCCCCUUUAUAAAUUCAACCACAUAAAGCUUCAUUCUUUGUGCAUCAAACCUUGUUGGGUACUCUCUCAUAUUGAUUGCCUCAAAUGGGAUUUUUUUCAUUUUGAUUAAUUGCUCCACUAUUACUUGUGGGUUAUGGUCUUUGUUUUUACGAUGUCGAUUCUUGUCUGGUUGUUACAGUCAUUGACAACACAAGGGAUUUAAUGGGUUUUUCUUGAAACUUCUCUAUCAUUUUUAAGGAGAUCAUCUUAAUUUGUUUGAUCACACGGUUCAAAUUAAGUUCAUAUAUUUGAAUCCUUGAGACAAUAGAUUUGGUGAGGGCUUGUACUUGAUAUAUUAUUGAGGAGUAAGGAGAUUUUAUUGGAGAAUCUUAUUUUAAUCCAAAGGGUGCAGUUUACAAUAAGAUAUUAAUACAGCUCAUGAAAAUGAAGGGAGAUAUGAAGGAGAAGCUUUUAACAUCAGGGAAGACUAACAUUGAGGAAGAGGAAUUCAAAGACAAGUUAUGGAACGAGAUCAAGAAGAUGUGGAUAGUUGCUGGUCCUGCUAUUUUCACUAGAUUUUCCACAUUUGGGGUUACCAUCAUCAGUCAGGCCUUUAUUGGUCACAUUGGCCCUGCAGAGCUAGCUGCCUAUUCAGUUGUGUUAACAGUGUUUGUGAGAUUUGGGAAUGGAGUGCUGUUAGGUAUGGCUACUGCAUUGGAAACACUUUGCGGUCAAGCAUAUGGGGCCAAACAAUAUCACAUGCUUGGAAUAUAUCUUCAACGAUCAUGGAUAGUUUUGUUUGCCACUGCAAUCCUACUUCUUCCUCUAUUUAUCUUCACUGCACCAAUUAUGAGAGCUCUUGGCCAGGAUCCAAACAUUGUGGCUGUGGCAGGGGAUAUUUCUUACUGGUUUAUUGCAGUGUUGUUUGCCUUCCUUGUAUCCUUCACCUGCCAAAUGUUCCUACAAUCACAGAGCAAGAACAUGAUUAUUGCAUACUUGGCAGCUGCAUCUCUUGCUAUUCAUCUCUUUCUUUCAUGGCUUCUGACUGUGAACUUCAAGUUUGGGCUUGCGGGAGCAAUGACUUCAACAAUUUUAGCAUAUUGGAUACCGAAUCUAGGUCAGCUUAUGUUUGUUAUGUGUGGUGGGUGUAAGGAAACAUGGAAAGGUUUCUCAAUUUUAGCUUUCAAUGAUCUCUGGCCAGUGAUAAAGCUUUCUUUGUCAUCCAGCACCAUGCUUUGUCUUGAGCUGUGGUACAACACAAUCCUGGUUCUUCUGACAGGAAACCUGAAAAAUGCUGAGGUCUCCGUUGAUGCUCUUGCUAUCUGUUUGAAUAUUAAUGGAUGGGAAAUGAUGAUCUCUCUUGGUUUCUUGGCGGCGGCAAGGUAUAUAUACUGUUUGUGAAAUAACUAUGCUAAGAUGAUUUACAUGAACAAAACGAACAUCACCUUGAUGAUGAAAUCAAUAUCUUUUGUAUUGAAAAUGAUCUGUCCCUUUUUUUUCACAAUUCUUCCCUAGGAUUCUACCACUUUAAAUUCAUCCAUGAAGUUGCAAUAUAUAUCUUAAAUACAU